AUGAGCUUUGGGAUACCACUCGAGAACGUUGAGAGUUCACCCAUUUAGACUAUCUGACCUUGUCAAACAAUUGCAAAAAUGGGUGCUACUCUUCUUCAAUCAACACCAUUCUUGAGAGUUCUCUUCGCAAUGGCGACAUUUUGCCUCUUCCUUGGCCUUGUCAUAGCCAAGGACGGAAGUGUAACAAGGCAUUACAAAUUUGAUAUAAUGUUGCAAAAUGUGACAAGAUUGUGCCACACCAAGAGCAUAGUGACAGUAAAUGGGCAGUUUCCGGGACCGCACAUUGUGGCUAGGGAGGGGGACACACUUCUUAUCAAAGUCGUUAACCAUGUUCAAAACAAUAUCUCCAUUCACUGGCAUGGCAUUCGACAGCUUCAAUCCGGUUGGGCUGAUGGACCAGCAUACAUAACUCAAUGCCCCAUACAAACUGGCCAGAGCUAUGUGUACAACUACACCAUUGUUGCGCAAAGGGGAACUCUCUUUUGGCAUGCCCAUAUCUCAUGGUUAAGAGUCACUGUCCAUGGUCCUAUAAUCAUCCGUCCCAAACAUAAUGUCCCUUACCCAUUUGCCAAACCCUACAAGGAGGUUCCCAUCAUCUUUGGAGAGUGGUUCAAUGCUGAUCCUGAGGCUGUGAUUAGCCAGGCUUUGAAAACAGGUGGUGGCCCAAAUGUCUCUGAUGCUUAUACCAUCAAUGGACUUCCAGGGCCAUUAUAUAACUGCUCCAAGAAAGACACGUUCAAGCUGAAUGUAAAGCCAGGGAAGACAUACCUCCUCCGAUUCAUCAACGCUGCACUCAACGAUGAGCUCUUCUUCAGCAUCGCCAACCACACACUCACCGUGGUCGAAGCUGACGCGGUCUACAUAAAACCAUUCGAAACAAAAACACUUCUCAUAACUCCAGGCCAGACCACAAACGUCCUUCUCAAAACCAAACCCUACUUCCCCAACGCCACAUUCCUCAUGGCCGCCCGUCCCUACGCCACCGGCAGCGGCACCUUCGACAACACCACUGUCGCUGCUAUCCUCGAAUACUACGAAUCCCCAUCCAUCUCCCAAAAAAUGCUUCCACUCUUCAAACCAACUCUCCCUCCUCUCAAUGACACAUCUUUCGCCGCAAACUUCACAAGCAGGCUUCGUAGCUUAGCGAGUUCCCAAUACCCUGCUAAUGUGCCUCAAAAUGUCGAUAAUCGCUUCUUUUUCACAGUUGGUUUGGGAUCGAACCCAUGUGACCAAAACCAGACAUGUCAAGGUCCAAAUGGAACUAAAUUUGCAGCUUCAGUGAAUAACAUCUCUUUUGUAAUGCCAACCAAGGCUCUCUUACAAUCUCACUUUUUCGGGCAAUCGAAUGGGGUUUAUAGUCCUUACUUUCCGAUCAAUCCGACACAUUGGUUUAACUAUACAGGGACUUCUCCGAACAAUACUAUGGUGGGUAAUGGGACUGAGGUUUUGGUGCUGCCUUUUAAUACUAGUGUGGAGUUGGUUAUGCAGGAUACAAGCAUUCUUGGAGCUGAGAGUCACCCUCUUCAUCUUCAUGGGUUUAAUUUCUAUGUUGUUGGACAAGGUUUUGGGAACUUUGAUUCGAAUAAGGAUCCUAAAAUGUUCAAUCUUGUCGACCCUAUGGAAAGGAAUACGGUGGGUGUGCCCGCUGGAGGGUGGGUUGCCAUUCGAUUUUUGGCAGAUAAUCCAGGGGUAUGGUUUAUGCAUUGUCACCUAGAAGUCCACACGAGCUGGGGAUUGAAGAUGGCGUGGCUGGUCCUAGAUGGAAAGCUUCCUAAUCAAAAGCUGCCUCCUCCACCAGCAGAUCUCCCCAAAUGUUGAUCUCAACUCUAUCACUUCUGAGUUCCACUAUAUGAGCAAAACAUUUUCUUGAUUUUAUUUUAUUUUGUUUUAUUUUUUCUCAUUUCAAUUUAAGCUAAAUUGCUGUUUUCAUCACUUUUGGGUUUAACCCAUGAAUUAUUUUCGGCUGUUCAACCUUGUAGAAGAGUGGAGCAUUUUUUGUCUGUAACUUUUGGAAUUCAACUUGUUUAUGCAAGGUGGCCACAAUAUUGUAAUUUUAUUUGAUGACUAUAUAUUAAUUGCUUUC